AUGAAGGCGCUGGGCGUGAUCCCGGCGCGCUUGGGCUCCACGCGCUUCCCGGGCAAGCCUCUGGCCGAGUUCUUCGGCAAGACGAUGAUCGAGCACACGUACGCGGCGGCGGCGGGCUCCAAGCUGCUGUCAAAAGUGGUGGUGGCCAGCGACAGCGAGCGGGUGCUCAACGUCGUCCGAGGCGUUGGUGGCGGCACGGUGCUGACGGGCGCCUGCAACACGGGGACGGACCGAAUCGUGCAGGCGCUGCACCUGAUGGACCCCGAGGAGCUGAGCGAGUAUGACAUUGUCGUCAAUAUUCAGGGCGACGAACCGGGCGUGAACCCGAGACACAUUGAUCAGUGCAUCAAGGCCCUACGCGGUGCCGGACCCGACAGUGUCAUGAGCACGCUCGCUACGCCCAUCUUCGACGAGCGAGAGGCCCGCAGUCGAGACGUGGUCAAGUGCGUCGCCGACCGCAACAGCAACGCGCUCUACUUCUCCCGCGCGAUGAUCCCGCACUCCAAGAGCGGCGAGUUCUCACCCGAGACGACGUCGUAUCUCCGGCAUGUGGGCAUGUACGCCUUCCGCAAGGACUGCUUGCUCGAGUUCCCGUCGCUGCCUCCGUCCGACCUGGAAGAGUCUGAGGACCUCGAGCAGCUCCGCGUGCUGUCGGCAGGCUACAGGAUCCAGCUAGUGCAGGUCGACUCGACGCUUCCGGGCGUCGACACUCGCGCCGAUCUUGAGGACCUGAAGGCUCGCUGGCCUAACCUGAGAAGGGCAACGUAG